CAAUCCCCGUAUGUUAUAUCCCGUACGUACAAUACCUGUGGGGACAAAAUGAAAAGAGGCAAAAAUGGGAAGAAGAAGAAAUCUGGAGGAUUUCAAUCAAUGGGAUUGAAUUAUGGAGUAUUGAAGGGAGUUCUACGGAAAGGAUACAAAGUUCCCACACCAAUACAACGGAAAACGAUUCCUCUCAUCUUGGAUGGAAAAGAUGUUGUAGCAAUGGCAAGAACUGGAUCAGGCAAAACAGCAGCUUUCCUACUCCCAAUGCUUGAAAGACUGAAGACUCACUCUGCACAGGUUGGAUGUCGAGCUCUCGUGUUGUCUCCAACUCGUGAAUUAGCAAUACAAACAUUGAAAUUUGCGAAAGAGAUCGGUCGGUUUACCGCGUUGCGUUAUGCUCUGAUUUUGGGAGGCGAAAGUAUUGAAGCUCAAUUUUCUACAAUUCAUGAAAACCCAGAUAUAAUUAUUGCAACUCCGGGACGUUUCCUACAUUUGGUCAUCGAGAUGGACCUCAAGCUUUCCUUGAUUGAAUACGUUGUAUUCGAUGAAGCAGACCGUCUAUUUGAAAUGGGUUUCUCAGAACAACUUCACGAGAUCAUUCACAGACUACCCGAAGCAAAACAAACGCUACUGUUUUCAGCAACACUGCCCAAGUUGUUGAUUGAUUUCGCUAAAGCAGGAUUGCAUGAUCCGACUCUUGUCAGGCUGGAUGUUGAUACGAAGCUUAGUGAUCAAUUGAAGACUGCUUUUCUUCAUAUGCGGCCUGAUGACAAGCUUGCUUCUCUUCUCUACCUUCUACACAACGUCAUCAGAAGUGACCAACAGACUGUUGUCUUUACAGCCACUAAGCACCACGUCGAAUAUAUCAAGGAAAUUGUCUCUCAAUCAGGCAUCAGCACGACGUACAUUUACAGCUCUCUUGACCCAACUGCUCGUAAAAUUAAUGCCGCCAAGUUUACCAACAAGACAGCGAAUGUUCUCAUUGUCACUGAUGUUGCUGCUCGUGGUAUUGAUAUUCCUAUGUUGGAUAAUGUUGUUAACUAUCAUUUUCCUGCUAAACCGAAGCUAUUUGUGCACCGAGUGGGACGUGUUGCUCGUGCUGGUCGGUCUGGGACUGCGUAUUCAUUUGUAACAGCAGAAGAGGUUCCUUACAUGUUGGAUCUUUACCUGUUUUUGGGAAGGCCUCUCGUUACGGCUAACAGACAGACAGCUGAUACAGAUGGCAUCUAUGGCUUGUUUCCUCCGGGCUUGCUUCAUACAGAAGUUGAUUUCAUUCGCUGUCUUCACGAAAAAGCAACAGAGCUGGUUGAUCUUCAUCGUGUAGCAUCAAAUGCAUACAAACAGUAUAGCAGGUCGACUCCCUCUCCAUCUGCAGAAUCAGUGAGAAGGCACAAAGAAAUGAUGAGGAAUGACUUUAAGUUAGCAACACACCCUUUUCUAGUUGAAAUGGUCGAUUCAGUUGAACAGACAAGAAUGGAGUUGCUUGAGGGUGUGAAGCAGUACAAGCCAACAACAACUAUAUUUGAGGUUGGCUGCAAGACCAAAAUGGCAGCAGUUGACGUCAUGAAAUUGAAGAGGCAACAUCAUGACCAGGUGAUUGCAGCAGUUACUCAAAAGAAACAGAGAGAAAGUGGCAAUGAUACAGCAGACAAGAGGAAGCCACAGCUGCAGCUAAACACAUGGGAUGGCAUUGAAAGCACGUUCUCCGCUGUCAUAGCUCCAGGACACAGAAAAACAAACCAGAAAACCUUCCAAGACAAAACCCAUUACAUUCCAUAUUCAUCUACAGAUCAAUACUCAGAGAAAGGAUUGUCACUUGGGGAGAAAUCAUUUGACAGACAAGCAGCAGGCGAGGUCCUAGAUCUCACAACUGAUGAGAAUACAGAGAAAGUGAAACAGAAACAAAAGAAAUGGGAUCGUAAACGUAAACGGUUUGUACAUGACGACAACAGCCAAAGACAGAAAAGGAUCAAGACAGAAAGUGGAGCUUUCAUUCCUGCUUCUUACAAGACAAAUGUAUAUGAACAAUGGAGGGACAGACACAAGGUUGAUGCUCAACAGUUGGGAGACAAAGAGAGGCCACUGCCAGCUACAGCAAGAAGGAGGAGCUUGAAGGGCCGAGUAUGGCAUACUAAGGGUGACUCAUCACAGUCUAUCAGUCGGGGCAUAUCGUCUAAGACGAAACAGAAGUGGGCCAAUCAGAAAGGAAAGAAAAGAAGUGAACUCAGACCAGUUGACCAAAUUUUGAAGAGAAGACGACAAGUUGAGCGAACUAGACAGCGCCAUCAGUCAAGCAAGAAACGUAGCAAACCUCAGACAGCAAAGAAGAAUCGAAAACGGUAGUAUAGUGUAACUGUAAGUAUACAUUAAUGGUCAAUAAACAAUAAAACACUUUCUGACAG